CUGUCUGUAUUCUUUUCGGCUUGACGCUUAACAAGUAAGGUGUGAAAAUGUUUCAGCUUUAAGAGUGAAUCUGUGAAUCCCAUUUUCUCAAAACUAAGCGUCAUGGAGUUAAAACCCUAAAGAGUGCAAUAACAACUUCAGUCUGCUACCCUUGAGAUCAAUCGAAAGAACGAGGAAUCUCAAGAAAAUCUCUGCCCAUAAAUGCUGUCGCUGUCAGUAAAAGUAGGCUACAUUUCUGUACUCGUACAUUUCCGACCGCCCCCAACCCCUCCUCUAAAAUUACGAGUCAAAAGUUUCUUUCGCACUUUAUGACGUAAGCCCACUACCACACUACGACUUCGUAAAUGAAAUUCUGUCUAUUGACCUGCAUGUACUUAUCUUAUCAAAGUUGUUGGAGCUCAGGAAAUUCUGAAGGCUGACUACGCCUGGCCAAGUUUAUGCUAUAAAAACAAGGGCUCUAUCUGAGUUGGAACAGCGUCAUUGACACCUUGCCUCAAGGCAGGCACAAGCUUCAGUCUCGUUGGGUUGUUUUAAAACUUGAGAACAGCUGUGUCAAUUGUCAAGAUGUUCACCCUUUCCUUGUUUUUGGCUCUCAGUGGAAUGGCGCUCGCUGAGAGUGCUAGCCAAGGCUGCCAGAGGCGAGUGUGCUACUACACCAACUGGUCCCAGUACAGGCCCGGACAAGGCAAGUUUGUGCCAGAAGACAUCGACCCUAAUCUGUGCACUCAUCUCAUCUACUCCUUCGCCAAAAUGACCAACGACAAACUGACUGCCUUCGAGUGGAACGACGAAGAUUCUGCGGGGUCUGUAGGCAUGUACCAUCGAUUCACCGACUUGAAAAAGCAGAAUCCUCAACUGAAAACCAUGAUCGCUGUUGGCGGUUGGAACAUGGGUACGGCUCCAUUCGUGCACAUGGCUUCAACGGCGGCAACCAGAAAAGUUUUCAUCGACGACGCUAUCAAGUUCCUGCGGUCUCACAAUUUCGACGGCCUUGAUUUGGACUGGGAAUAUCCAGGAGCCAGAGGAAGUUCUGCCGGGGACAAACAUAAAUUCACGUUGUUGGUUCAGGAACUGGCUGACGCCUUUGCACAAGAAGCGGCUACUUCUGGCAAACCUCGACUCCUUCUCUCAGCUGCUGUCGCGGCCGGAAAGGACAAAAUAGAACCAGCUUAUGAAAUCCCCGAACUGGCCAAGAGUCUUGACAUGUUCAACGUGAUGACCUAUGACUUCCACGGAUCUUGGGACAAGAAGACAGGACACAACAGUCCUCUGUACGCCCACCCUGGCGAUACUGGAGUCAACGCUGAUUAUAACAUUGACUCUGCUAUUAGUUACUACAUUCAACAAGGAGCCCCAAAAGAGAAAAUAAACGUUGGCUUGGCGACCUAUGGUCGAAAUUACAUCCUAUCCAACCCCAGCCAAAGCUAUGUUAACGAUCCCAUCACGGGGUCCGGCCCUGCAGGAACGUACACCAGAGAGGCGGGGUUCAAAGCUUAUUACGAGGUGGACUAUGUACUCGACCAUGGAAUCGGAGGAGUUAUGUUCUGGGCGCUAGAUCUGGACGACUUCAAAGGCACUUCCUGUGGAAAAGGCAAAUACCCACUGAUUAACGCAGUCAAGGAUGAGUGCGGUAACCCGUCGCCUGGAACACAGAUUACCACUGCGGCACCUGUAGCAUCCUCGUCCGCCGCGACCUCCCAGUCGCCAUCUGGCAGCAGCAGCGGUCCUUCCUCUGCGACCUCCGCGCCUGGACAAAUGACCCCCGCGACCUCCGCCCCGGGACAGGUGACCACACAAGCCCCCGCGAUGAGCACUAACGCCAACACACCCAGUGGCGGGUCUGCUUCCAGUGGAGGUUGUCAGAGGAGAGUGUGCUACUACACCAACUGGUCCCAGUACAGACCCGGACAAGGCAAGUUCAUGCCAGAAGACGUGGACCCCAAUCUGUGCACUCAUCUCAUCUACUCCUUCGCCAAAAUGACCAAUGACAAGCUGGCAGCCUUCGAGUGGAACGACGAGGACACUGCGUGGUCUACGGGCAUGUACCAUCGAUUCACCGACUUGAAAAAGCAGAAUCCUCAGCUGAAGACCAUGAUCGCUGUGGGCGGCUGGAAUAUGGGCUCAGCUCCUUUCGUGCACAUGGUGGCCACUGCAGCCACUAGGAAAACGUUCAUUGACGACACAAUUAAGUUCCUCCGGUCUCACAAUUUUGACGGCCUUGAUUUGGACUGGGAAUACCCUGGAGCCAGAGGAAGUUCUGCCGAGGACAAGCAUAGGUUCACAUUGUUGGUUCAGGAACUGGCUGACGCGUUCGCACAAGAAGCGGCUACUUCUGGCAAACCUCGACUCCUUCUAUCAGCUGCUGUCGCUGCCGGAAAGGACAAAAUAGAACCAGCUUAUGAAAUCCCUGAACUGGCCAAGAGUCUUGACAUGUUCAACGUCAUGACUUAUGACUUCCACGGAUCCUGGGACAAGGUAACUGGACACAACAGUCCUCUGUACGCCCACCCUGGAGAUACUGGAGUUCAGGCUGAUUACAACAUCGACUCUGCCAUCAAUUACUACAUUCAACACGGCGCCCCUAAAGAGAAAAUAAACGUUGGCUUGGCCACCUACGGUCGUAAUUUUAUCCUGGCUGACCCCAGCCAAAGUAAUGUCAACGACCCCAUCACGAAGUCCGGCCCUGCAGGAACGUACACCAGAGAGGCGGGGUUCAAAGCUUAUUACGAGAUUUGCGACGAGUUGAAGUCUGGAGGUGUCGUGAAGACAAUCAAAGAACAAGAGGUGCCGUACAUGGUCAAGGGAAACGAAUGGAUCGGCUUUGACAACGAAGAGAGCCUGAGAAACAAGGUGGAUUAUGUAAUUGAUCAUGGAAUUGGAGGAGUAAUGUUCUGGGCUCUAGAUCUGGACGACUUCAAAGGGCAGUCCUGUGGAAAAGGCAAAUACCCACUUAUCAACGCAGUCAAGGAUGAGUGCGGUAACCCCUCAUCGGGAGGACAGGGUACAACUGCAGCACCUGGAACGACCUCUGCGCCGGGACAGGCGACCACUCAAAUCACCCUGGUCGUGAGCAGUGACACGAACACACCCGGUGCUGGGUCUACUGCCGGUGGAGUGACCACUCAGACGAUGCCAACUACAGGACAGCCUACCAAUGCACCGGGCACCACAGCUCCGACAACUCCAGCUCCAGAACAUCAUGUAAACCACACGGACAAGAUCGCGUGCGACCCUAACAUGGACGACUUCCACCCAAAUCCUGACGAGUGCGAGUCCUACUUCAUCUGUACCGCCGGACUGGCUUACCACGUGAAAUGUGCCCCAGGGCUCCACUUCAACGCCCAGACCAAGUACUGUGACUGGCCGGCCAACUCAAACUGCAAGUUUGCCACGAGCGCCCCUGUGGUAACGACCACCACUGCACCGGUUACAGCAGCCCCCGUACAGACAACAGCUCCAGUACAGACAGCAGCCCCCGUACAGACAACAGCUCCAGUACAGACAGCAGCCCCCGUACAGACCAUGCCUCCCGCAACAACAGCAGCUCCCGUCUACACCCUGCCUCCCGCUACUACAGCCAAACCUGCUGGUUCUUUCAGUAUAAUGACCAUAUGCAAAGACCUGGGCUGGCCAGACGGUGUCCACGCUGACCCAACCAGCUGUAGCCAUUUCUUCGAGUGCGCCAACCACGCCACUGUGCGAUUGUCCUGCCCUGGAGGUACUCUGUUCAACAAACAGAUCCUGAACUGUGACUACCCACACCAUGUCUCAGGAUGUCCUUAGAGGAUGUGUGUGUGUGUGCGUGUGUGUGUGUGUGUGCGUGUGUGUGUUUGUGUGUGUGUAGGCCUUCCAAGUUUAGUAGAAUAGUGCUUGUCACCAUGCAUCAUUCAGAGAUCUGAGCUGCUGACUUAUUGAACUAGAAAAAAAAGCAGUUUGGUUUUCGGUGUACGUUCAUAGUUUGGAAUUAAAUAUUUGGAAAUUCAA